UUUGAAAACAAAAAUGGCGCUUUGGAACGAUAUGUCACCGUUGAUGUUCAUUGCUAUUUUCCAGAGUUUAUUUAGUUAUUCUAUGCUUUUAUACCUUUAGCAUUGCAUAAAUGUACAUAUUAUGAUCUGUAAUGUUAUAUAGUAUAGCUUCUCAAGUUUUUAACUAACUAGUUUCUUAAUAAUUUAUAAAUUUGCAGGUUGAUAGGUUAGAAAAAUGAUAAAUCAAGCCGGAGUUGAAGCUUUAUAUUCGGCAACUUAUGUUGAAAAUUACCUGGACUGUGUAGAAAAUCUACCAGAUGAUCUUCAAAGACAAUUGUCUCGUAUGCGAGAGUUGGAUAUUUCUUAUCAAGCAUUCUUGAAAGAAGUGGAAUCACAACAGGACGCGUUGCGCAACCACAGUGACAACCAUCUGCGACGAAAGGCGCUGCACAGAGUGCAGACUGCGCUGAUUUCGGCCCAAGAAGUCGGAGACGAGAAGUUGCAACUGGCACAAGCCGUACAGGACUUAAUCGAAAACAAAUCCAGGCAGUUGGACAUCGAUUACAAAAAUCUUGUUUCGUUUUCGGACCACGGCAAGGAGCAGGAGAACAGCGAACCAGUUGCCAAAGAUACGCAACAAAAGGAGAACACCACAAAAGAGUAUGAGGGCUCCGGCGGCGGUGGCGGAGGAAGUGGUGGUGGAGGAGGUGGUGGCGGUGGGGGAGGGGUUGGAGAGAGGGAGCGCGGCGAGAGGGGCGGGUCGGGAAACUCAGGUGGUGGGGGUAAUUCGGGCAGCGGAGGGGCAAGCGAACAGCGACAGAACAAGCGGCCUCGGCGCAGUCGCGUGGAGACGGACGAAGUGGCGGUUGCGCCCGUGGCCGCCGAGCCGGCGCUCACCCCUCUGCCUCGCAUCUCUGCCACGGUCGCCACCAAGAAGGGCGCCACCGUCAAGAAGAAGAAGCGCAAAACGAAGCAAACAGUCCAGCAGCGCGAGGAGACACCGCCCCGUGAGGACGAGAUCCCGAUCGACCCCGACGAGCCGACCUACUGUCUCUGCGACCAGAUCUCCUACGGCGAGAUGAUUCUCUGCGACAACGACCUCUGUCCCAUCGAGUGGUUCCACUUUUCGUGUGUGGCGCUCGCCACAAAGCCCAAGGGCAAGUGGUACUGUCCCAAGUGCCGCGGCGACCGGCCCAACCUCAUGAAGCCCAAGGCACAGUUCCUCAAAGAACUCGAGCGCUACAACAAGGAGAAAGAGGAAAAGUCUUAGAACCUAACUCAACCUAGCUUUCACUCAACACUCGUUUCAUAGUGACACAGUCAAACCAUACAGAAAAGAUACCAUUAUGCUGCAUUAAAGGGGUUCAUUCAACAAAUACCAAGCUCGUUUCAUAGUGACACAGUCAAACCAUACAGAAAAGAUACCAUUAUGCUGCAUUAAAGGGGUUCAUUCAACAAAUACCAAGCUCGUUUCAUAGUGACACAGUCAAACCAUACAGAAAAGAUACCAUUAUGCUGCAUUAAAGGGGUUCAUUCAACAAAUACCAAGCUCGUUUCAUAGUGACACAGUAAAACCAUACAGAAAAGAUACCAUAAUGCUGCAUUAAAGGGGU